AUGAAUGGACGUAUUAUUAAACAAUAAAAGAUCAUUCUAGUUAUGUUUAUGGAUUAAGUGCAAACUAAUAAUAAAAUAGAGUGGUAUCUUGUGGUUAUGAUUAAUUAAUAUUAAUAAUGGAAUAAUAAGGAUGUAAUAAAGAAUAGAUCGUAAUAUAAACGAUUAAAGUUUAAUAAUCUACAAAUAGAGUAAGUUUUAUUGAUAAUAAUAUGUUCACAUUAUCAUAAAAAUAAAGUGUAUGAGAUGAACAGUUUUAAUUAGUAAUUUACAAAGACUAGGGAUGUUGAUGCGAAAUGUGGAUCAUUUGAAAAUUGUCCAUUUCCUUAAUAAUAUACAAAUUCAAAAUGUAUUCUUGUGAGUAAGAAUGGCCAAAAUAUAUCAAUUUGA